UAGACUCUUCCGGAAGGCGGGACCUCUUCGCGUUCGGCCUGGGGUUUCUGCGAGUGCCGCCUACGUCAUCUUGAGGUGGCCAAGUUGCGCUUGGCUAUGCCUGUCUCCCCAGUGUCGGCCCUCGGGAUGCUAUUUGCGGGAAUUGCUGCUUUGUUGAACUGAUUGACAUAACCAUUGGCGUCCAAGGUACACAGAAAGUGGAGCAUUAAGACCAUCUUAUUUUUGAAUGAUCAGUGAACAAGCACUAGGCAAUGGGGAAGAACAAAGGGAAAGGGCAGAAGAUCAAGAAUGUAUUUCAUCUUGCCAGCAAGAAUCUGAAAGCUAAAAACAAAGCAAAACCGGUCACCACUAAUCUUAAGAAGAUAAACAUUGUGAAUGAAGACAAAGUUAGAACUGCAAGUAAGGUAUUUAUAGAUAUCCAAAAAGAGCUUGCACAUUUCUCAAAAAGACUGUCACUUGAACCACUACCACGGCAUACGAUUUCUCAGCAUUCUGAAGGCGAAACAAUUAGUGUGGAUGAUGCUACAAGAUUAAUGGCUCAGUUGUGAUGUAUUUGGAUUCUAUAAAAUGGACCAACAAAA